AUGAUUGGCCCUCUACCAACUGCACCGGGAGGGUUCGACCGAGCUCUGGUGGCCAUCGACAACUUUACCAAGUGGAUCGAGGUGAAGCCAGUCACCUACCCCAAAGAAGACAGAGUACUCAACUUCCUCAACGAGCUUGUUCGUCGUUACGGCUUUCCCAAUCUCAUAAUCAUGGACCAAGGUUCAAACUUCAACAACCAUGGGUUCUGGGAAUACUACAAGAACAGUGGCAUCAACGUUCGGUACGUCUCCAUCGCUCGUCCGCGGGCCAACGACCAGGUUGAACGCACCAACAGGAUGGUUCUCGACGCUCUCAAGAAAAGGCUGCACGACAUCUCCAACACCAAGGGAGGCAAGUAG